UUAUAAUAAAAAUGGCGGAUGAUAAGGUUCCAGAAAGGUUUGAGUUGUUAGAGCAAACAAUUGAACAGUUUGUAGAAACAACACGUCAGAUAGGAAUCAUUGUCAGCGAUUUUCAACCUGGAAGUCAAGGUGUUCUCAAUCAUAAAAUAAACUCGAUGAUAGACAACAUGAGGGAAAUUGAGAAAUGUAAAGCACAUGUUCAAGAUGUAGAGGUCCCGUUAGAAGUAUUUGAGUACAUAGAUCAAGGAAGAAAUCCUCAGCUGUACACUAAAGACUGUCUUGAGAAAGCACUAGAAAAAAAUCAGCAAGUGAAUGGCAAAAUAGAUGCAUACAAGAACUUCAAGUCACUCCUUGUUGAUGAACUUUCAAAGCAUUUUCCCAAGGAGAUUGAUGAAUACCAGAACAUCAAAGGGCCGCAGAUGAAGUCAUGAUUUUGGAUCAAGAUUAGAAUGACUUAAUUUUGAAAAUAAUUAUGUAAAUAUGAAUAUUGUUAGCAGCUUAGCAUCCUGUCUCUAUGGUCUAUCUGCUUGUAAACUAAAAUUCUGUCGAUGAUAGCAUAGCUCUACAGUGAAAGGGUUAAGUUGAAAGGGUUAAGCUCACAGGUCAAUCUUGCCACAUUCUACAAGGCACUUAUUGUCGUGCCUUUUUAAAUGAAAAUUUCAUUCCCAACUAGCGAUAUUUAUGUAAAUUUUAUCAUGAUGAUGGAUAUUUCUAAUAACUUCAUUGUAUGUGGUUAUAGAAAAGCCCUGCUGUAGAUAUCCUGCAACAACAAAACAUAUUUCUUUCAUUCCCUGACAAAGUUCUUUAUUGGGGGGUGGUGUAAUGCUUCAUGAUGUUUAGUAGACAUUUUGAAACAAAAUACAUCCAUCAAUUGAAAAAACUUAGACACUUAAAAUUGGUAACUUCACAAUGUAUUAAUUUCAUCUCUGCAAAUAUUAAGUUGGACUAACAUUAAAGAGAAGGUUUUAAUGACAA